AUGAACCCGGCCACUCGUUCCUCCAACUCGCCGGGUCGGACCCAACGAGGCCCCGCCCCGAGCCAUUAUCCUCCUCCCCAACAGCCGCCCGCCUUUGACGACGAAGACGAAGACGACGAUUCUGACGACGAAUUGGCUCGCCCCGGAUCUUCCGGUAGUGAUGCCUCUUCCAAUGUGACCACCGUAUCUGCCGCCCCCAUUACCCCAAUCAAUCCUCCAACUGGAGGUGGGUAUUUCUCCCCACACCCGCGAUCUUCCUCAGCCACCACCUCGCCUCAACACGCCGCCGCUCGAAUGCCUCAAGAUCGUCGGCCGUCGGGUCGAGGCCCCUCGAUAGAGCUACCGAGACACCAUAGGUCUCGAGUUCAUUCGCAGGGGUUCUUUGAGCCGUCAUUGCCCACCGCGUCGUCUGAUCAAAUACCGCAAGUCUCGGCUUCCCGCAUCGCCGCUCAGGCUGCCAUGCAACACAUGAAGCGACCGGACGAUAUAAGACGCAGUGGCAGUGCCUCACCUACUCCGCCACCUCCCCCGUUGAUGCCAGCGCCUCUCCGAAUUAAUCAGCCCUCACCGAAUGUCGCAACAACAGCAGCCAAUGUUGUGUUCCCGCGGGCCGGUGCAGCGUCUCAGUCAGUGGACCAACCAGAAAGCAAGAAGAAGAAAAAGCUGUUCUCAAAACCAAAACAUAUCGUUCUUAGUCGUGACAAGUCUGACCCUUACUCUCGAGAUCGUGGUUUACCUUCUCCGAGUAAGCUUACCGGUGGUCUUUCGCGCAUGGUCAGCGCAUCUACAACUAGCGUCGCCGAUCUACCAUCCAACAACUCCUCUAUGUACAACCUCUCCAAUGCGUCUGUCAGCACCGUCGUGCCCGCGGGAGAUAAGCCUCCGCCGCCUCCAGAAAAAGACACCAAAGACAAGGACAAACAUAAACAUCAUUUCUUAACCCGACAAAAGCUUAAACUGAAAGACCGCGCGGAAGAACACUUCAACUUACCUCUCUCCUCGGCGUCCAGUAAUUCACGACCCGCCGAUCCCAAUGCUCCUCAAUCGCUCUACUCCUUUACUAGCCCUGCAUCUCCGGCACCAGGUGCAACAUUCGGGAAGUCAGUGAGUGGCUUAGAUUUGCUACAUGGCGGACGAGCGCUCCGUGAAAAGAAAAAAGAAGAGAAAGAGAAAGAGAAAGAAAAGGCGCUCGCCGAGUCAGAGCACACUGAAUGGCUGGUCAACGCAGCUGUAAAUGGCAGCGCUGCCGCUGGGGCUUCAUUUACAGGGCCAUCGUCCUUGAAUAGUUCGUCUGGUGUGAUGGGUGAAGCAGUACUUCGAGAGACACUACAAGGAUUUGGAUUAAACAACAUGUCUCCCGAGGAUGCAUGGGACUUUUUAAAAGCGAAACUACUGGUCAUCUUCGAUGGCGAGGAUGUGCGAAUCGCCAUUGAGGAUCUCAACAAGCUCGUACUGGUGCAUUUGCAACGAUGCGUACAGAAACGAACCCCGGUCUCUAUAAUCGCCGAUCUUCAAGAACUUCUUGAGACAGGCUUCGCCACUCUCAAUCACAGUUCUCUGAUCGGAAUUCCCGACGAAAAGGUUGUCCCUCAUUUGGUCCAAGUGUGGAUGUUGGUUUUCGGUACAAUUCUACCCUUCAUACAAGCCGUUUUCCUCCCAUUAGAUCUAGAGUUCAAGGGAGUAGGAUCAUUGAUGACAUCGCGAGAAUCUCGCGACUUCUGGGGCGUACCGCCACAGGGCGGAACCCUCGACGUACGGAAUCUAGUACUGAUCGCUUUCCGAGAUUGCAUGAUUCUGAACCGCUACGAAUCUCUCAAAGCUACUUUCUCCCGACUUAGCCUCGAUACCAUUAACACCGGCUUCCCAACUCUCAGUGUAACAGCGAAAAGCACCGGCACGGGUGGCCGACCAGGCACGGCAGCAUCACUGGACGCAGGAUUCGGCAGUUACAAUUCCCAAUCCUCAACUUUCCUCAGCAAUGUUGCAGACAGUUACUCCUCAGACUCAGUGAGUGCUUUGGCUGCUUCAAAUGCGAAUUAUCGGCCAGGAAGUAGCAAUUCUCGCAGUCGAGCAACCUCAAACACAUCCUCCAAUCCGGACCCGAUGAUUUUCUCAUCCAUAUCCUCCCCUCCGGCCACCUCAACCAAACGUCCAACCAUCAUCCACCGAGUCGGGUCUGCCGAUUCUUCGCACGUCAUCACCGAAACAGUCGGCCGCAUGCUCCAAUGCGUUAGCGUCAUCGCCAGUGUGCAAACUGACGAUGUCUCGCAAGAACGAAUCGAUGUCCUCAGCAAAGCACUGAAACACAAUUGGCUCGGUCGCGGACGUACAGGCCGCGAUCGCCGUGGCUUUGUCGGGGCGAAGAUCCGCCCUGUGAUGGUUGGUGGAGCUAUAUCCUCCCUUCCAGACGAUGGGGACUCUCUGACAACCGCGGGUAUUAGUAUCGGGGCUAGUACGAGCACCGGUGGAUCUCGAACUCGCGGAGACUCUUCAUCAUCAGAUUGGAGUGGACAAAGUACGGGUAUCAGCAUGAGGAGUGGAGGAAGGCGGGAAUUGAGUGUUCUCUGA